AUGGAAGCCAAAACGUCUAAGAAACUUUCCCUCCCCCAUCACAUGGACAUCCACGUUUAUAAGGUUGUGCCUAAGGGGUCCCUGACAUCACGUGUCCCAGAAGGUGGGGAUCUUGGAGUUGCAGACCUGAAUUUGUUAUUCAUUCCUCAAGGCACGCCAGUGCAAAAGCUCAAAGACUUCAAGCUGAGAGUCCGGACAGGCGCACACAGCCAGCUAGGGGAUACGGAGCGCAGGUCCUCGGUACAGCCCCGGCCCCGCGGGUCCUUCCCUCCUCCCCCGCACCGCGAGCGGUCGCUCCCACUGCGCCUGCUUGCUCCUUGCCCACGCCUCCCGCUGCCUCCGCCCCUGCACAAGGGGGCCCCCUGCGUGGUUCUCGCGGCGCUCACUUCGCCACCGCCCGGCCGGACGCACUUCCCGCCCUUGCCUAGAUCCACGCGCUCCGCACCCUGCGGUCGCGCCCGCCUCUUGGCCCCUGAGAGCACGCGCUCCCUGCUGACGCGGAGGCGCCGCUGUUCCCCCGGCCACCACGGCCAACACGGGCACCUCGCGCCGCGGCCCUGGAUGGCCCGGGCCCAGCCGAACUGCGGCAUCCACGCCAUCGAGCUGAGUCCCUCCAAGACGUUUCUGGCCACCGGAGGAGAGAAUCCCAACAGCCUGGCCGUCUACCAGCUGCCCACUCUAGACCCCGUGUGCCUGGGCGACCGCCAUGGCCAUAAGGACUGGAUCUUCACCAUCGCCUGGAUGAGCGAUACAGUGGUUGUGAGCGGCUCCCGCGAUGGCACUGUGGCUCUGUGGCAGAUGGACCCCGACAUGUUCAAUGGCAACAUCGCCUGGCAGAAUGACGCGGGACUUCCUGUGUACACCCAUAUAGGUCCCAGGGACAUGGAGCCUAUCCCCAGGUCCAGCACCAGCCACACCAACCACAAGGUGCGUGCCUUGGCCUUCAGCGGCAAGAACCAGGAGCUGGGAGCGGUGUCCCUGGACGGCUACUUCCACCUGUGGAAAGCCCGGAGCACCCUGUCCAGGCUACUGUCCAUCAGGCUGCCCUACUACCGUGACAAUGUGUGCCUGACCUACUGCGAAGAGUUGUCUCUGUACGCGGUGGGCUCCCAGUCACAUGUCUCCUUUCUGGAUCCGCGCCAGGAUCACCAAAACAUCCGGCCCCUGUGCUCCAGAGAGGGCGGCAUGGGUGUGCGCUCUCUGAGUUUCUACCAGCACAUCAUCACCGUGGGCACGGGCCAGGGCUCCCUACUCUUCUAUGACAUCCGUGCCCAGAAGUCCCUGGAGGAGAGGGCUUUGGCCAGCCCGGACUCCUGUCCUGGGCCCUCAGGAAGGAAGCUCAGGCUCACCUGUGGCAGAGGCUGGCUCAACCAUGAUGCCCUGUGGGUGAACUACUUCGGUGGCAUUGACAAUUUCCCCAAUGCGCUCUACACCCACUGCUACAACUGGCCUGAAAUGAAGCUCUUCGUGGCUGGAGGGCCUCUCCCUUCAGGCCUCCACGGGAACUACGCAGGCCUCUGGAGCUAAGGAUGGCCAAUGUGUUCUCAAAGUGCCCAGAUUUACCUUCCAGUCCCCUCUCACUCUCUUCUUCACGCUGUUUUGUGCGUUUUAAUUCAGCGUGGCAUUUGUAUUCUAGGUUGAAAGUGCCAAAUUUACCUGUCCUUAGUGUAUGAGAGAGAGAGAGAGAGAGAGAGAGGUGU